AUGAAUGAGAAAACCGCGUAUCUCAGCUCCAAAGAGGGCAAGUAUGCCCUGGGCCUUCAUCGCGGGCCUCUGUCCGCCGAUGGCGCCGACCUCGAACACAUCGAGACAUCAGACACCAUAUCACUAUUACCAGCGAAGAGGACGAGAUCGCAGACAUUGCGUCGGCAUUGGGCUCGAUUCUGGUGCUGUUAUGCCUUCUGGGGGAUAAUCUCUCUCGCCAUCUUUCUCCCCAUCUUCUUUCUCAUCAUUAUUCCAGCAAUUGCACAGCGAGUCGUGGACGGUUCGACACUUCUCCUUGACCACGCCGAUGUUCUCCAACCGCGCCCCGACUCCAUUAUGCUUAGCAUCAAAUCGUCUCUAAGCCUCCCCAUCAACCUCCCAGUCCGAAUCGACCCCAUCACUCUCAGUCUAUUCAACCGCGACCUUCCCGAGAACAACACCUGGUCGAAGCUGUACAUGGACGGCGCCAACAUCAAGGGCAACUCUACCCUAAAGGUGGACAACCAAUUCACUCCGCUCAACGUCUAUCAAUGGAAGCAGUACGUGCAAAGUGUCGUAUUCCAGAAACACGCCAUCUUGUCAGUCAAGGGAACCACGACCGCGUAUAUUGGAAAGCUGAAAGCCCGUGUCAAGAUGAACAAGGACAUUCCCGGAAACAGCCUGAACUCCUUCGCCGGCUUCUCCAUUUCCGACCCCCAGCUCCUGCUCCCCGCUCAAUCCGACGGAACCAACCUCAUCGCCAAUGCAACCCUCCCGAACCCAUCCGUCAUGACCCUCGAAAUUGGCAAAACAACCCUCAACCUCAUUAGCGGCAAUCUCACCCUCGGCAACGUCACACUAGACAACCUCACCCUCACCCCAGGAAACCACUCCACCCCCGUCCGUGGCAUCUUCGACCUCGGCAAGCUAAUCGAGAACAUCGGCCCUGUGCUGAAGCAGCAAGCAUCCGCAAUCAAAACCGGGUAUCUGGAUCUGGAAACCGUCGGUACGGACGUGACCUACGACGGCGUCCACGUGCCGUACUACACAGAUGUCAUGAAGAAUCUUACCAUGACGGCGCGGGUGCCGCUGGGGAAGCUGAUUACGAAUACCCUCCGGGGUAUUUUGCAUCCUAAUGGGACGAACAUUCUUGCUGGGUUGAAUAUGACGACUGUUGAUGGGCAGACGUUUACCGUUGGAGAGGAUGAGCGGGAUGGGAAUGCUAAGAGGGAUGAGGAGGGGGAGGGGAGUGCGUUUGGACGGAGGGCGUUAGAGUUCUUGAAUCAAGAAGAGAAGAGAGAGCAGGUGGUGGAUGUUUUGAAAGCGUUGAUGAAGACGUAA